AUGGGUUUUGCUUUCUGCAGACGUGUACAGAAAUCUGAAACUCAGAAAAUUUCAUGUGAAGAUUCAACAUCAGAAAUUGAAGGCUACAGAUUUUCAUAUGUGCGAUAUAUUUGUAUGAUUAUUGGUUGUGUUCUAACUGGUGGUUUUCUGCGAUUGCUGUUUCACUGGUUUCCUCAGUGGAUGCUAUGGUGUACGCAUAAAAGUUGCGGUCUACAUGAAGCUCACAAAGUUAAAAUAAAGGAUAUUUCAGGAGUCUAUAUUCAUAAUGUUGUUUAUCCUGAAUCUGGAAAAUUAAGGUUUUUGGAUGACUGUCCCACAACUUUUCCUUUUCCUCUUGAAGACCAGACUCAACACCCAUAUUUUAUACAUAAAAAAUUAAAAUACAUUUGGAAUUACGAGUGUGGACAAUUUGAGCUGCUACAAAAUUGGGAUGAACGUCCAUAUGAUGAAAUACUGGAUGCACAAGCUCUCCAUUCGGAUAUGAUUGAAACUCGUCGAGAUUUAUAUGGAAUUAAUAAAAUUGAUGUUAGUCUCACUCCGAUAAUUAGACUUGUUUUGAAUGGAUGUCUCACUCCCUUCCACUGUUUUCAAGUGUUCAGCUGCAUAAUUUGGUUCUGCGUUGAAUAUGAAAUUUAUGCCACAUGUAUUGCUGUGUUUUCCGUAACUUCGCUUAUCUUUCAAGUUUACGAGCUUCGCAAAAAUGAACGUGCAUUGAAAGAAACUGUUUGCAUUUCUUCUAAAGUCAGCGUAUGCAGACGCCAUAAUAAUGAGGAAGAUUUCAUGCUUGUUGAUUCAACCGAACUGGUACCAGUUUUACUAAUGGGAAAUUGUAUUGUAAAUGAAAGCAGCUUAACAGGUGAGAGUGUACCAAUCACGAAGAUCCCGUUACCUACCGUACAAUGUAAAAACACGCCAUUCGAUUUUCGUUCAUCCGCACGACAUAUUCUUUUUAGUGGGACAUCCAUAAUUCAGACACGUGGUGAUAUUAAUAAGCGUGUGUUGGCUGUAGUAAUUCGAACAGGAUUUAUGACGACUAAAGGAGAACUUGUACGGUCUAUUAUGUUUCCAAAGCCUAUGAAAUUCAAAUUCACUCAGGAUGCAUACCAAUUCUUGGGAGCUCUUUGUGCAGUGGCACUUGUUGGCCUUAUUGUAUCCAUUUACCUUAUGUAUUGGAAUAAGAAGAAUCUAUAUUACAUGAUUUUGAGACCAUUAGAUUUGGUGACUAUCGUAAUACCACCUAUCCUGCCAGUAGCAAUGAGUGUUGGAAUCGUUUUUGCCCAGCGUAGACUUCGUAAUCAUGGUAUUUAUUGUAUAAAUCCAAAUGUUAUGAAUGUGUGUGGUGUGAUUAACCUCACCUGUUUUGACAAGACUGGGACCCUAACUGAGGAUGGCUUGGAUCUUUGGGUGUUGUCCCGAAUAAAGAUGGAGUCCUAG